AUGGGAUCUGAACUCUACUGGAAGAGAGUUCUUAGAUCAUGGGGAGAUUAUAUUCCUCUGCUGGUAUAUAAGGGCCGCAAGACAGGUGAUGGACGUAGAAACUCCUGGACAUCGACCAUGAAGGUCUCCCUCCUCGUCGUCGCACUCGCCUCCGUGGCUGCCGCUGCCCGCCUCCGCCCCCAGUCCUCCUCGGCGCCCACGAGUCUCUACGUCCGCACCCAAGAAGAGGAAAACCCCUCCUACUCGACCUCCUACUCCGUGGCCAACGAUGACACGCACGACCACAAAGUUGUCGAAGAGUCCCUGAUGGAUUCCGUGACGAGGGGUUCUUACCAGUACCUCAGACCCGACGGCGUCCUGCAGGUGGUGAGGUACGUGGUCACCAAAGACGGCGGGUACCAGGCGGAGGUGGAGGAGCUUCCGGGCCCUGAAUUUGUCAAGGAACAGAAAGCGCCGACUCAGUCCUACUCGGCCCCAGAAAUCAAGGUAGAACAGCCAACUCAGUCCUACUCGGCCCCAGAAAUCAAGGUGGAACAGCCAACUCAGUCCUACUCGGCCCCAGAAAUCAAGGUGGAACAGCCAACUCAGUCCUACUCGGCCCCAGAAAUCAAGGUGGAACAGCCAACUCAGUCUUAUUUACUCCCAGAGACAAAGGAGGCGCAACCAACGCAGUCAUACGGAGUCCCUGAUUUUGGAGAGCCAUCUCAGUCUUAUUUGGUUCCAGAGACAAAAGCAGAGGAACCAACACUGUCAUACAUUGCUCCAGAAAUCAAGGUAGAGCAGCCAACACUGACCUACAUCACUCCUGAAGAGCCAGUACAGACUUACAUUGCUCCAGAAAUCAAGAUAGAAGAACCAACACUAUCAUACAUUGCUCCAGAAAUCAAGGUAGAGCAGCCAACACUAACCUACAUCGCUCCUGAAGAGCCAGUACAGACUUACAUUGCUCCAGAAAUCAAGAUAGAAGAACCAACACUGUCAUACAUUGCUCCAGAAGAGCCAAGAGAGAUUUACAUCGCUCCUGAAGAACCAGUGCAGACAUACAUCGUUCCUGAAAUCAAGAUAGAAGAGCCAACACUGUCAUACAUUGUUCCAGAAGAGCCAAGAGAGAUUUACAUCGCUCCUGAAGAACCAGUGCAGACAUACAUCGUUCCAGAAAUCAAGAUAGAAGAACCAACUCUGACAUAUAUUGCUCCAGAAGAGCCAGCAGAGAUUUACCUCGCUCCGGAAGAACUAACACAGUUCUACAUUGCUCCAGAAAUCAAGAUAGAGGAGCCAACAGAGACCUACAUCGCUCCUGAAGAACCACUCUACGAAGCACCAGAAGAGACCCCGAUCCUGGUGUAUGAAGCCCCAGAGGAGAUCCCGACCCUGGUCUACGGAGUCCCAGAAGAGACCCCGACCCUGGUCUACGGAGCCCCAGAAAUCAAGCUCGAGGAACCCGCCUCCCUGUACGACAUCCCGAGCGAGACGGAGACCCCGGUCCUGGCUUACGGAACCCCGGACAUCAGCACGAUUCCUCUCUCCAGCCCCGUCUUCGGAGUCUUCGAUAACAUGCUACUGCUCAUGAUCAUGGCCACGAACAUGAUCACAGCCACGCUCAAGCCCAAGCCCACUCUCAAGAUCACAGCUACGCUCAAGCCCAAGCCCACUCUCAUGAUCACAGCCACGCUCAAGCACAAGCCCACUCUCAUGAUCACGGCCACGCUCAAGCCCAAGCCCACUCUCAUGAUCACAGCCACGCUCAAGCCCAAGCCCACUCUCAUGAUCACAGCCACGCUCAAGCCCAAGCCCACUCUCAUGGCCACGCUCACGCCCAUGCCCCAGCAGUGUCGGCCCCUGCUCCCCAGCGCCCGAUCCCCGUCCCCUUCGCCUUCCCCGUCGCUCCGCUCGGCCUGCACUUCCCCGCUCCUCCGAGUCGCCCCGCCCAUCCCGUCGUCCACCAGCCGCCAGUGCGAAAGCCUUCAGGUAAAGGUUUCGCAUUCCUUUGUUCAUAGAUUUCCUCAGCCCAGUCUCCAGGUCGAGAUUUGA